AUGAAUCCGAAUCAUAAAGCGCAAGUAGAUCCAGCAUAUAGAUCGCAGUAUAAUUAUGAUCUACGUCUGAUUAUCUUACGACAUGCGGAACGUAUUGAUCAUGUGCUCGGCCAAGAUUGGUAUGAUCAAGUGUUUGGUGGCGUUCCAUCGGCACCUCCACAAGCUUAUCGACAUCCGCUAUUACCUCAAAGAUUACCGCCUCGUUCUAACACGUUACUUUACGUCUUUGAUCCACCAAUAACUCGUACUGGUGAACAACAUGCUACAUAUAAGGGACAACAAUUAAGUCGCGUUGGUGCUCUAGCUGAUUAUUGUUAUUCAUCUCCAGCUGCACGGAGUAUCAUAACAGCUAAUGCUGUAUUGAAAGGGAUGAACCGCAGUCAUGUACCUAUUCGUCUCGAGCCAUAUCUAUUCGAACCAAUGAAUUGGAAUUCGGCGCUUUUAUUACUUGAACAACUGAAUCCAUUUAUGUCAUCGGGUGACUGGAGAAAGUCAGGUUAUAAUAUAGAUCAACGAUAUCAUCGAUUGAAUAAUUACAUUAACACAGGUGAAAAUGAAGUCGGUUAUUAUGUUCGAACUCGAAAUGUAUUCGAUGUCAUUGAACGUCAUCAUGGCGAUGCUUCCCCUCGUGUACACUAUGGUCAAUCACCCAGACGACGUACAACUAUAUUAAUUGUUGGUCAUGCUUCAUCAACAGAAAUGUUUUCAACGAUUGCAUUGCGGCAACCGUUCGAUGCGAAGGAAUUAGUUGAUCAGUCGGCGAAAGUUUCCUACUUGCACGCCGUUGUGCUUGAACGUGAUGCCUAUAGCCAUACAUGGUAUGUACGGCCUUUUUUGCUUUAA